AUGGCACAUCACCCGGAGCUGAAGAGAUUGAAGAGAAAGUACGAGAAAUAUGAUCUCGAGCGAUUCGACCACUUUCCCUCCACGCAAGCUUCAGUCGGAGGAGGAACAGUUGGAAAGGUCCAAGUCGACUGUCGAUUUCUCUUCAAAAAGUCGCGUUGGGGCGUGCUUGGGGAACCGAGUAGCCCCGCGGGCAUCAUAUACAUGGACUUGAACUUCAGUCAGCCAAAAGACUGCCGCCUUAAGAGUGCUACGGUCACAGUGACUCUCAAUGAUGAGUCGCCCAUGCUAGGCCAACACUCAAGAAGGACUCCCCGCGAUGUGGCGCCCCCUCCGCCGCCUUCGCCGCCCAUGCUAAGCCGACAUAGAAAGACUCCCCGCGAUGUAGAGCCGCCUUUGUCGCCUUCGCCGCCGGAUUUGAGGGAGCUCCAGCACUAUCCAUGGAAGACAGUCCCGGAAGAGCAUCCAGUGCAGCUAACACCAUGGUUCGGUCCUCACCAUUUAGCCGGGCAGCCUCAGCACAUGUCGAAAGUGAAGAGGUACCAUCUCAGGCCGCACGUCGAGGUAGGGGGUCUUAUGGGAUUCGGGGGGAUUGGUACAGACUCAGAAAAGACCUUCGCCCAAGAAAGUCGCUGGACGUUUGCUGGGCAGCUGUUACCGGGAAAGAGAACUUGUGCAUACAAAGUCCUCGAAUGGGAACUCACCGAGAAUGUUCUCGAGCAACAGUCCAUACGGAGCAAUGUCAUCCACACGGCUUUCUCAUUCCAGCAUAGCGGUGAGCCAGUCUACAUGCGAGUCGAAGUCAGCGGCAAGCUCGAAAGCUUGAACGACAGAUUCAAGCACAAGUUGAGCAGAUUCCCGACGAACCGGAACAAAGAUGAGCGUUGUGUCACGACGCUCAUCAACUUCGGUGACUGCCAUCGAUUUCGACAGCCGCUGGACGAGUUGGCCCAAGGCCUGGCUCUUGCCAUGCAGGAAGAAAACCUGAGAGAAGUGCCUAUCGUGGUGCCCAACCCUCAGAUAGCAUCGUUCAAGGAGGAGAACACGGCAGCCGGAAGGCUCCCAACCGAUGCUGCUGGUCGCACCCCACAACAUCAACAAGGUGCCAUCGAUGACCAGAACCAACACCUUCUGGAACAACAAUCGUCGAUGCUACAAUCAAUACUGGGUGGUGUUAUCGAGGAGGACGUGGCUUCGUCACAUAGCGACCCCACAGAGCCUACUGAAGCGAAUCUCGCCAACGCUUUGGUCUCCCUUGAAGCCAUCUCAGCCUUACGAGGUCGGCCUUUGCCAUCGACUGAUAGCGGAAGGCACACGAGUGUUACUGGUACGACAUUUCGAGCAGCAACGGACGCCCCGGCGCCUUCGAGCACAUCCUUGGGGGCAUUCUCAUCGGCCGAGCAUGAACCCGGAGGAAGUGGCCAGAUAACAUCGAAGCCACCUGCAGAUCUCGAUGCUAUGAGGUUGAUGGAAAUCUCCGGGCUCCUGAAAACGUACGAGCUCAAGGAGCCGACAUUCGUGGGAAUAACCACAGGCAGUCAAGAGAGCGUGAGGAGGUGGAGAACAAGGGUCGACGUGAAGGUGAAAGACAUCGAGUUCAAGAUUCGUCCUCUGGGCUUGGCCGGAGCCAUGCAUGAUUUGCCACUGGGCGUUGAACCGACGGAGCUUGAUCAAGUGACGACACUACCAAAUGGCGUUCGCGUCGCGUCUGAGGCCCUCCCUGGCUCCUUUUCCGGCGUGGGGGUCUACAUAGAGGCCGGGUCAAGAUUCGAGAAUGCCCAUCUGAGUGGUGUGAGCCACAUCGUCGACCGCCUCGCCUUCCAGUCGACCACCAACAAGAGCGGUGAAGAACUGCAGGAGACGGUGGAAUCUCUCGGGGGUAACAUUCAGUGUGUUUCCUCCAGAGAGUCCAUGAUGUACCAGGCGGCAACCUUCAACUCUGCCAUUCCGACCGCAACCGAGCUUCUCGCAAACACGAUCCAGAAUGCCCAGAUCACCGACGAGGAAGUUGCGCAGGAGCUUAUCACGGCCGAAUACGAGAUCAACGAGAUAUGGAAGAAGCCGGAGUUGAUACUGCCCGAGUUGGUGCACAUGGCCGCGUUCAAGGACAACACACUGGGCAACCCACUGCUGUGUCCGAUGGAGCGCAUAACACAGAUCGACAAGUCGGUUGUGAGAAGCUAUAGAGAUGCAUUCUACCGUCCAGAGAGGACGGUAGUUGCUUUUGCCGGAGUCGCUCAUGCUGACGCUGUGCGGCUGGCGACAGAGUUCUUUGGGGACAUGAAAAGCUCAGGACAAGCAUUGUUAUCAAGAUCGGGUUCAGAGACCUCCAUUGACUCGCUGUCAAGCGCAAGCGAGUCGUCCUCCUCUUCGGAGUCCUCAACAUCCGCAUCGAUCACCUCGUCCCAGCAAUCUCCGAGUCUGUUAUCCAAGAUACCCCUUUUCAAGAACCUCUCUACUUCGGCAAGCAACAACGCCGCAGUCCUAAGUUCAUCUGCUUUACAACCAACAUUAGAAGACAUGUCUGCCCCGGCACACUACACUGGCGGAUUCGUCGCACUCCCUACUCAACCACAAUCUCCAAACCCCUUACAACCGAAUUUCACCCACAUACAUCUCGCUUUCGAGGGACUACCCAUCGCCUCCGAUGACAUAUAUGCCCUCGCCACGCUGAACACUCUGCUUGGUGGCGGUGGUUCCUUCUCUGCGGGUGGCCCUGGCAAGGGUAUGUACUCACGGCUAUACACCAACGUGCUGAAUCAGCACGCAUGGGUUGAGUCUUGUAUUGCCUUCAACCACUCUUACACAGAUUCCGGUCUCUUUGGGAUCUCCGGUUUGUGUAUACCCGGCCGCACCCAACACAUGUUGGAUGUCAUGUGCCAGGAACUACGGGCACUCACAUUAGAUACUGGAUUUGCAGCGCUCGGCGAAGCAGAGGUACAACGUGCCAAGAACCAGCUGCGAUCGAGCUUGCUCAUGAACCUGGAGAGCCGAAUGGUCGAACUGGAGGACUUAGGAAGGCAAGUCCAGGUACAUGGCCGGAAGGUGCCAGUCCACGAGAUGUGCCGGAAGAUCGAAAACCUGACGGUCAAGGACUUGCGCCGCGUAGCCAAGCAGGUUGUCGGCGGUCUAGUGCAAAACAAUGGCAAGGGGAGCGGCGCGCCCACUGUUGUGUUGCAAGAGGCUGACGCACCUGGUGUCUCGGCGAAGCAGAUGACCUGGGAGGAGAUCCAGGAUAGGAUAUACAGGUGGGGACUUGGCAAACGGUGA